AUGUACCACUACCUCAUCCGUGGUGACUACGAAGUCCUCCGCAACGAAGUCCAGGACUUCUUCGACCACAAGCACUGGCAUGUCCAAUCCAUUCCCGACCCUCGGGAUCACGAUCCAGAACGUUAUGCCAUCCUAGCAGCCAUAACGGAAUAUCUUGCACAUGGUAUCAAUCGGCGUAUCAUGAUUUCUCAGGGCUAUCGGAAGGAUCCAAUAGGUCCGUGGCGGACGGUGGCCUACCACUUUUUCCAUGGUACCAAGGGCUAUCUGCCGAUUCUUGAGAAGCUAGAUAAGGCGCCGAAGUGGGCAGGAAGGGUCAAAAUGGUGGAGAGUAGGCUGGAAAUCUGUCAGGGUUGGACAAGUGAGGUCUGGGGUGAGAAGAGUAGUUUGAAGUUUGCGGCGAAGGGAAUUGUGUGCACUGAGAUCGUGGAGUGCUUCAUUUGA